GGGGGUCUUCUGGGAAGUCAUGGCGUCGCUGAACUGUAGGACUGCGGUCUGUGUGAUCUGUUUGGAGAAGCCGAAAUACCGUUGCCCGGCUUGCCGCGUGCCCUACUGCUCGGUCACCUGCUUCCAGAAGCACAAAGAGAAGUGCAGCUCUGAAGCCCGACCUGUUGAGAAGAGAAGAGCAGGGGCUCCUGUGAGGUCUGAGGAGAGCAAAGAUGACGACUCCUCAGUAGCUGAUUUCCUCAACAGUGACGAGGAAGAAGACAGAGUGUCUCUACAGAAAUUAAAGAAUCUAGGUGAAUCGGAAACUUUAAGAAGCUUACUGCUGAACCCACACCUGAGGGAGCUGAUGAUUAGCCUCGAUCAGGGCGACAACAAAGCUAAGCUGAUGCGAGCCUGCAUGCAGGAGCCCUUGUUUGUGGAGUUUGCAGACUGCUGUUUGGGAAUCGUGGAACCACCCCAGGAGAGGGGUUCUUAAGACUGGAUGUGCUCUCUGCUCAAGCUGCCUGCUGCUGCUCCUAGCAGGCGGCUGUUUUCAAGGCCAACACACGUAGCGCACACACAUGGGUCUUCCUCCACAUGGCUCACUGCAGCGCCUUCAGGAAGAGGAAACUUGUAGCCCUGGAAUGAUGGCUCCGCAAUUAGGAACAUUGACGGCUUUUCCAGGGGACCCCAAUCUUCAGCACCUACUUGACUACUUACAACUGUAAUUACAGUUGCAGAGGAUCUGACUCUUUUUACUUUAUGCAUGUGGCACACAGCCAUAUGUUCAGGGAAAACUCCCACAUACAAAAAUACUUUAAACAAAAACAAAAAGUUGGCUAUUUAUAUUUAGAUGGUUCUAAAUUUUAUUUCUUGUACAGUUUAGAGUUACAUCAUAAAUACCAAGUAUAUCCAUUUGAAUUAAAAACAGUGUAACUAAAUUUAAGGCGUGGUUCUCUUGAUGCUGUAUUGUUCAUUGUUCUUGGUAACAUUAAAUAAAUCAGUUUAUUAAAUA